AUGGCUACUAGUGUAACAGAUCCGUUAAAUGUUGAUAUCAACUCCAUAAAAAAGGGUGAAAUUCGUAUGGGUACAACCAUUACUGCCCUUAAAUACAAUGAAGGAGUGAUUCUAGCCGCGGACUCUAGGACGACAAUGGGUGCUUAUAUCGCCAAUCGCGUGACGGACAAGUUGACUCAACUGACUGACAACAUUUGGUGCUGUAGAAGUGGUUCUGCCGCAGAUACUCAAGCUGUGGCUGAUAUUUUGAGAUAUUAUCUAUCCAUGUACGAGGUUCAAUAUGGUAUUACUCCAACUGUCCACACGGCAGCGACUUUGGCUUCUGAAUUAUGUUAUACAAACAAGAACAUGUUGAGUGCUGGUCUCAUUAUUGGUGGCUAUGAUGAGAAAACUGGUGGUGAAGUUUACAGUAUCCCUCUGGGUGGAAGUCUUCACAAGCAACCCCUGGCAAUUGGAGGUAGUGGUUCAGCGUUCAUUUACGGUUUUUGUGAUGCCAACUUUAAAGAAAAUAUGACAAAGGAGCAAGCCGUCGAAUUCCUUAAAUUCGCUGUCGCGCUUGCUAUGGAGCGUGAUGGCAGCAGUGGUGGUACCAUUCGAAUGGUUAUCUUGAAUAAAGAAGGAAUGGAGCGUAAAUUUUUUGCCAUUAAUACUGAAAAUCCUAUUCCCCGUUUUAACCAAUAA